AUGCGUCGUAAACAACCAUUAUCGAUUGGAAAAACUUCACCAAUGUUGUUCGAACAAUUACCCGAUGAAAUCUUAUUAAUUGUGUGUUCAUAUUUAAGUUCAUUUCACAUUACUAAAGCGUUUAAUGAUUUAAAUUAUCGAUUAAAUUGUACAAUUAAUCAAUACAGGCAACAUCUUGAUCUGCGUGGCUUAGAUUUACGACAAUUUUAUUUCUUUUGCAAAAUGCUUCGCGUUAGCUUUGGAAAGCAAGUUCGCUCGAUAACUCUAUCUAAUGCAGCUCCAUCCGUUCGACAAUUAACAUUAUUUCGUAAGCAAAUCGAGCCAUUUGUACAUUUGUUACCGAAUUUAGAACGAUUAAUACUUCUUGAUUAUUAUGACGACGAAUUGGAUCUCUAUUUACCUUUGAUCUCUGUAUUGAAGAAUCUUAAAGAAUUGAAAAUCGUUUUCGUUAAGAAUAAAAAUGAAGCAACAUUAUGUAGUUUAAUUAGUCAAAUGUUAACAGAUAAUUUUGUGUAUUUUGAUCAUUUACCGAAACGUCGCAAACGUGAUUUUUCUAUCCUACAAAAAUUAUCAUUAACUGGAACCGGUUUUCUAAAAUUAACGCCAAUUUACAAUGAAACUAUUACACAUUUAACAUUAGAGAUUGAUAAUACCGAUGAUCUUGUGGAAAUUUUUGCAGGUUUUGAACAUUUAAAGUAUUUGAACGUUAAUAUGAAACAAUUAACAAUUCUGACGUCAAGCAUUUACGACAUUACAUCUGAUGAACGGAAAAUUCAAUGUUUAUCAUUAACAGAUUUUCAUUUUCAAACUAAAUGGCAACCUGAAAAUUUAACUUUUACUCAUUUCGUUGCGAUAUUGAAUUGUGUACCUAAUAUCCAACAUUUAUUUUGUAUACUAAGAACUGAAUUAACUCAAGAUAAAUUUAUUCAUUCAGAUUAUAUAGUUGUGGACAAAUGGCGUGCGUUGUUUCAUGAACUUCGUUCGUUGAUCGAUUUAACAUGCACAAUCAAAUGUCCAUUGAAAGCAUCGAACUAUACCGAAUGUGAUUUUCUUCGAAUCAAUGCAAAUGUCUCUCGUGCUUCCCAGCAAUCUAUUGAUAUUCACCUAUGUUAUAACAACGAAAUCAUGAAUAAUGUUAAAAAUGAUUUAACCUUGGAACUUGAUAUUCAAGAUUUACACAAAAUGACUGGAUCACAAUUAGCACCUAAACUUAUUCGUAGUCAUGAAUUAACUUUAUAUAGUGAUUUUUUCGUUGAUGACGAUAAACUUCUGUCAACAUUUCCUGAUUCGUUAUCAUUACCAGAUCAUCUUGUAUUUUCUCAAAUUCGAAGUCUUGAUUUACUUGGUGAAUUUCCAAGUAUGAAUAACAUAUUUCUCGUUACAUUUGUGGAGCAACUCAUUCGUCGAUCGCCGAAUCUUCAGUCCAUUGGAUUUUUUCUCUAUUGGGUGGAAAACAUGACCGAUUUAGUUCUCAAUUUUCUUCGUCCAUUAAAAAAUUACUUAAAACAAAUUAAGAAGUGUUAUCUUUAUACAGAAGGUGAUAUUGAUGAAAAAUUCGUCUCAGAACUGGCUUGUUUAAUUCCAUCAUUAACGUUAUUAUCCGUCAAGAUCGAUUGGUAUUGCAAUACGGCGGAAGUGGUGAAUUUGUGUUUGUUGCACAUGAAACAUUUAAUACAUUUAGAAAUGGUUUUAGAAGAAAUUCCGGAUUAUUUAGAUGAAGAUUAUAUCGAUCGAAUCAAAAUGGAAAAAGAAAUUGAAACAUUGGCGAUGGCACGUGAUACACGUGAAUGGCUGAAACGAAAUACAAUUUUAGGAAAAAAAUCUUUUAAUAGGAUAUUUCGUGCUGAGAAAAAUGGAAAUGAUUUAAAAAUUUGGCUUUGA